AUGGCUCUUCUCAAGCUCUCGACCCUUGCUCUUCUGGCUCUUCGCGCUGCGGCCGUCUUCGCCGCCGAGGCAGAUCCAGAGGAUGCGAGGGCCUCUCCCGAUGCCGCCCCUGAUAUUCCCGACCUGAAGAUCGAUAUCGCCACCCACUUCCCCGACUCGAGCCUUGGUGUCAAGCUCGUCAACGGGCACCCGACCAAGGCGGUCGUCGAGGUCGCGAACCAUGAGGAUGAGCCAAUCCAGCUUGCCCUCAUCGGCGGAACGCUGUCGACCACACAGCCGCUGCCUGAGGAUGCGCACCCAAUGGCCGGUGUCCUUCGCAACCUGUCCGCUGUCCAGUACAACGUCGAGAUUCCUGCUGGCGAGUCCCAGUCGCUGCCUUUCUCUUUCGUUCUGGACAUGCAGCCUCAAGAUGUUGUUGUCAGCCUUCUGGCCGUCGUCGGAAACCCCAAGGGUCAAGUCUUCCAGGUCGAGGCUCACAACGGUCUGGCUAGCAUCGUCGAGCCCCCCACCAGCAUCUUUGACCCCCAGAUCAUCUUCUUGUAUCUCUUCCUGACCGGAGUCUUCGGUGGCACUCUCUACUUCGUCUACAAGACCUGGAUCGAGUCCCUCUUCCCUCAGGCCAAGCGCGCUCCUCGUGUCGGCAAGAAGGGCAAGAAGCCUGUCGAAGCUGCUGAGCCGCUGUCCGGCCCCGAGUCUCCCAGCAUUACCACUGGCGCUGACAAGGGCUACGACGAGACCUGGAUCCCCCAGCAUCACGUCAGCCGCCCUGCGACCAAGCGCACCAAGUCCAAGAAAGCUACCGAGUAG